UAUAUCGCGGGAAACAUAUAUCGCUUAUUUAUAUCGAUAGUUUUUGCUCAAUCCUAACAUGUAGUACAAACAAUUAUAAUACUACUCUUUGGUAGGACAUCAUAACCACCACCACUUGGGUAAAUUUAAAUUAAAUUAGCAUAAUCUUAUAAUAUACAAAUAGACAAAAUGUUUAGAUUACCGCAAGCUGAAAGAGUUGAUCCAAUGGAAGAAAAACGACAAGCGAGGGAAAAUACUAUAAAUAGCGUUAUCACAUUUUGCGUAUUGUGUGCUGCUAUUCGAGUUGUUGGGUUUGGUAUUAAUUUGGUGAAAGUGGUAAAAGCAAUUAUCGCCGCUAGAUCUACAGCUUGUUGUUGUGACCCAUGUGGUGGUUUCUAAAGCUAUAACAAGAUUUCUUCUAUAUCCAUUAAAAUUGCUCCUUUCAUUCUGGAACAAGGUGGCUUUUAAGAAGAUGCAAUUAUUAGGUUCUCAAGCAAUUAGAAAUACUAGAAACAGAAUUAUGUCCGUUUUGGUUUGAGCUAUUUUAAAAUAAAUUUUACAUUUAUAAAAAACUGAGCAUGAUUUAUUGUUUGUGAUUAAAAUGUAGUAUAGCAAUAUACUUUUUAUUUAAGAAAUACUUUCAUGUACUGUAAUAACUAAUAGAAAAUAAAUGUUAAUUUGAGAAUUUGGGUUGGUUUAUUAUUUUAUUGUACAACUUAAAAAAAAAAAGACUGAUUUAUAGUGUGAUUAGUUGAUUUUUUUAAAUCAGGGAAUAGGGAAGAGUAGUAAUAAUACGCCUUUUUUUAAUAAAUUACACUGAAGUUUAUUCCUCAUCCUGAAUACAAUACAUAUUGACCAACGUUGCUCAUUUACUCGCCAUUAUGUCACAACUUUAUUACAAUUCACUCAACAUACAUUAUGUUAUGCCCAAGGAGAACAUUCGCGUUUUAUUUUCCAUUUAUCUAGUUACAAAAUUCUAAAAUUUGAUAAUACAGUGAAAUUUAAGCAAUCUUACAGUUUAUCACUAAGUCCAUUUAGCAUCGAAAAUAAACGAUCAUGAUAUCAUUAAUAAAAAAUUGAUUUAAGUUCUUCAUACAUAUAAUAUAUAUUUAUAUAUUUUUACAAUUCAACUAAAACACUGCAGGAAGGGGGCAGACCGGGGUGCAACCAUACGUCCGAACGAACACUAUACAUUGUAUACAUUUGUAAAAAGUAUCAAAAUCGAGUAAAAGGCCUACAAAAAAUUAUCUCGAGAUACUAAUAUUCGUUUACGUAGUAUAACCUAAAAUUGACCUAUUUAACACUGGAGUCGCCGAGCACGACGGAUCUAGCGUUAAAGGGUAACGAAGAUAGGUAUUUUAACUAUUUGGCUUAAUUAUAUUUAUAUGAGAUGAGCACGAAACGAAAGCGGUGCGAACGGAGCGCCGGCGCGUGCGCGAUACGAAUGUGGUGACAGGCUAGUCCACUAGUCCUCCGCCUCUUCGUCCUCGGACUCCUGCUGUUGCAGCCACGUCAGCCACGUGUUCACCUGUAAAAAACAACAGUAUAUUAUAUAUAUAUAUAUAAUAGUAUAGUUCAGUUUUUAAUUUUAAUUCUAUUAAAAUAAAAUCUACACUGUUGCUUAACGUUCU